CUGAUGGAGACCACAAUGCAGUUCUCCCAAUCAGUAGGCAAACGAUCGUCCGCCGAGAUGCACCUGUUGCUCCUCAUCUGUGUUCCACUGGUUUUGGGCGAGGUUCUGCCCCUGGAACCCGAUUUGGAAAACAUUCAGUUGACAAUCCGUCGGAGCGCCAAUCGCGGAGACAAGCUUCAGGUGUUCCAGAGCAUCUGGGGCGCCAUCCGCUCCGAUUUCGCCACCGAUACGGACAAGGUGAAGGGCCUGUACAGCCAUCUGGGCACUUUCAUUCGUGAUGAGAUGCAGUGCACCAGUGGGGCCUCGGGUCGAUCUGCCUGCGAACUGCAGCAGGAGGUGCGGCGCCACCUGAGGACCCUCAUGUCUCAGCGCCUGGCCAAUCUCCUGAACGCCGAGGAGAGCAUCCAGACGUAUGGCAUGUACAUAGCGGCCAGUGUGGAGCCAGCCAUGGUUCGGGAUGUACUGGUGAACGCCAUCGAGGAUGUGUACUUCUAUCGGCCCUCAGAUAAGCUGGUCCAGCAACUGGAGCAACUGUUUGCAGAUCGCGAUGAAGUGAGCUUUAGGAUGAUGAUCGAGGCGCAGCUGACGCUGUUCUGGCGAUAUCAGGCCAUGCAGGACAGUAGCGAAUCGUUCCUUUUCAACAUGGCCCAUAUGGUCAGCAAGAUAAGGACCCAUCACAUGUACGCCAGCGUGGAUGCAGGUCUUCAAAAGCGAGUGGAGGCGCUUGGGAAGAGUCUGCCACCUGUUCUGGGUCUACUCUUCAAUCCGCAGGGCUUCUGCUUGCUCAGUCGAUCUGAUCGGGAAUACAUAUACACCACCAUAACGGAUGAAUGGAACUACGGGCUGAACGGCAGACAGGUCUUUGCCUGGCACGAGCAGAACUAUACCGACUCCGCGGGUCUGAUACGCGCCUUUGUCCAGGAGCAGCACUCCACUCCGAUAUUCACACUGCGCAGCGAGCUAUUCAAAUGGUACUUCUUCGUGGAUCCCACCGAGGGAAACCGAUUGGGGGCCCUGCGAUCGGGUAGUCCUAGUUCAUCGUCCAGUUUCUGGUCCAUCGCCUACGUGGAGGACGCCCUCAUCUUCCGGCAGCGCGAUCUCACGCUGUGUGCCGCCGAAAAGCACGACAACGACCGCCGGCUGGUGAAGAUGCUACCUGGACAGAUGCACACGCCUCCAUCCGAGGCUUGUCAGUGGUUGCCGAUCGAUUGUGCUUCUCCGAAAUGAGCGGGAUGGAUAUACUUUUUCAAUAUGGAUUAUGUGUUUUUUAUCUUAAGUGUAUUUUUCUUACCUCUUUUCUUUUAAACAAAAAUCAAAUGGACCAUUUAACAUUUAAAAUUUCGAUUUAUUCCUAACCAGUCACAAGAAAUGUUACAAAUAAGUACAGUGCGUUUCAGUCUAAUCGGAAAUAUUAAGAAACAAAAAUAAUAAAACAAAUGAACAUAAACUAAAUGAA